AUGUCUCCCAGACCGCCUUACAUUCCUUUGUACCACGUUCCUUCUUCCUCAAGCGCAAAAGGCCGGAUGUUCACCCCGCCUCCCUCGCCCCAGCCCCCGCAAACAGUCGACAACGGACCUGCGCCGCCGACCUACCACCACCCGUCCGGAUCCCGCGAAAGCCUGAGCGUAAGCGAGGCGGGCCCGUCCCGCUCGCGCUCGACGUCGCCCUCGCCGCUCCUCAAGCCGAUACGGACCGUAGCGUAUGACCUCACCAACGUCCCGCUGCUGUCCCCGCCCCCGCGCGGGAACAGGGAAGAGCUGAAGCGCCAAGCCGGCCGGCGCGCGAAAUGGACGUCGAUCCUCGUCGUCCCGCUCGUGCUCAUCCUGGUAGCGGCGACGACGCGCUGUCUCGCUCACCCCGUGUUCCUCGACCUCAUCGAUGGCCAGUCACCCACGCCCGAGCGCGCGUGGGACUGGAAGGUGCACCGUCACAAGCGCGAGCCGCAAGCGCCUGCGUCCUCGUCGUCGGGGCUGGCGUUCCCGAGCACAGGGUCGGCGACGUCCGAAGGCGCACCGACGACGACGACCUCAUCAGACUCGAACGACGCGGUGCCUACGAUACCGGCCGAGGACCCGGUGCUGCCGACGCCGUUCCCGCAACCGCUCGACACGCUCGGCGCCAACUUCUCGACGCUCGCGUGUCAAAACUUUUUCAUCAACAUGACGCAGACCGAGGCGUUCCGGUCGUGUCGGCCCUUUUCGAUGCUGCUCCAGAGCUCGAACGCUUUCAUUCAGGCACAGACGAAUUUGACGCUACUGAACACCAUCAUCUGGGGCACCUGCAAUACCAAGCUCACAUCUGACACCUGCGUUGCCAACCUGAACUGGUUCGCGACGCAAAUGCAAACGGAGUGUUCGCAAGAGCUGGACGAGGACAACGCCACCGUCGAGGACACCCUCAAGGGAUUACUGGCGUUCCCCGUCAUGCGGCAAGCCGGGUGCUUGGCAGACCAGACGACCAACACGUACUGCUAUCUCGAAGCCGUGCGCAACACGAACCCGUCCGACGUGUUCUACUACCAGCUCCCGCUCGGCCUCGCCGUGCCGAACAACACCAAGCCGACCUGCUCCGCCUGCACAAAGUCGCUCAUGUCGCUCUUCGACGCCGCCCUGCCCGACCCCGCCUCCGCCAAGUCCGCGCUCGGCUCAGCCAACUCGACCAACUCGACGACCGGGACGCCGAUAGCGAACGGGACGACGGGCAACGUGCAGAGCGUGACGACGACGGUGGCGGCGCUCGCGAGCGUGUACGGCCCCGCGGCGACGAUCGCGAGUCAGGCGUGCGGCUCGGGCUACGUCACGAUCGAGAACGCGUCGACGAGCGGGGCGGGGCCGAUGUUGCUCGUGCACGUGUGGGCAGCGGCGGUGGCGAUCGCGCUUGCCUCCGGAAUGGCCUUGCUGCACUGA